AUGGAAGUGUUCGUUCGCAACAUCCCCUGCCAGUUGAGUCGUGAUGGAUUCAAGCGUGAGCUGGAUCCGCUCAUGGAACGCUUGCAGAUCGUGGAUUUUAUGUGCGAUAAACCCAGGUCUAAGUACUUUGGCUUCAUUACUUUUCUUCGUCAAGAUGACGGGCACAGGUUCUUAGCGGCUCACGGUCAAGACGAGAUUCCCGAGGGAUUCCUUGGACUUCCUCGACUCAGGCCAAGGCUUUCGCUCAUGGGAGUCAACAUUUUCUGCAAGCUAGGCGACCGCGAGCCAAAUCCUCUGAUUCUUCGAGCCCUGGAGCACGAGGUAGAAGAGCGGAGGAAACGUCUGGGGAUCAAGCCUGAGACAAUCAUAUCCUUCGCCAUGACGAUGGUGAGCUGUGGGCGUUCCGACUUUGUUAGGGAACGACUGGUUUACACACCUGAAGAGGCCUGGAAAAUGAAAGGAAUCAUAAAGUUCCGGAAGCGAGACAUUGUGGUCAAGACGGCGUCCCGUAUAAUCCGAAUGCCCUUGGUGACAGUGGUAGGAAUGGUGUGUUCGAGGGACGGCGUGCUAACAAUGACACUCUCCGACGUGCCCUUCUUCUUCGAGUAUGAAACACACAAAGAAAAAAACCGCUGCUGUGCCCUGAGCAGCGAGCAUGCCAAAAUCGUAGGGCAGUGUCUCGUCUACCAGUUCCAUGUCUCGACAGAUGGGUUCCACGAAAAGACCGAACAGCUGAAGGAGUGGGACAUGACUGUGAUACGAAGUGAGAUAAUCACGGCUGCUGUGCCAACACAGAGAGAGGCCAAACUGUCCAGCCAGCUGCAGGUCCUGCGAGAAGUGCUGGGGACCUACACGCAACGUGCCUUGCUCCCCUACGGCGUUCUGUACCAGCUGCAGGCGCUGGCGUACAACGCUUACCUUCACCCAUCCACAAUCAUUAGCUUGACCAGGGAAAUCUACCAGUCGACGAUGAAAGACAAAGAGACAGGAAGAGUGUCGGUUUCCGUCGACGCAUUGAAGAAGCUGAUGGAAAUGAUCGGCUGGCCAUUUCCUCACGAGAACCCCCGGAACUUCGAGGUCGGCACGUUGAUUGAACAACUGAAGAACAACCAAAUUCAGAUUCAAAUGAACCUGUCUUAUCGGUAUGGUCUGUUCAAACCGACCGCGAACCUGGCACGCAUCAAUCGAGUGACGGUGACUCCGACUCGCAUCACACUCAAUGGCCCCGAAGUCGAGCCGAUGAACAGGAUCUUGCGAAAGUUUCCCAAUCACCACGAGUACUUUAUCCGGGUCCAAUUCUGCGAUGAGAACGGCCAGGAUCUGUUCUUCAGUUCCAGCGUGAACUACGACAACGUCUUCCAGCGAUUCAAAGAAGUGGUCACCCACGGUAUUCAGAUCGCUGGCCGCACCUUCACAUUCCUGGGAUUUUCACAUUCGUCACUGCGCUCUCAUUCAGUCUGGUUUUCAUCCCCCUUUAUCGACCACACCGACCGGCUCCAAACAUACUUCAACAUUAUCAAUGCACUUGGCAAUUUCUCGGCCAUAACCACGCCAGCCAAAUGCGCGGCGAGGAUUGGUCAAGCCUUCUCCGAGACCCCAUACGCCAUUUCGCUGCCUGAAAAUGAGAUCCAGCUAUCAAACAUCCCCGAUGUCAAAUCCGCAGACGGGUCGCGAGUAUUCAGUGACGGAAUCGGACGACUGUCCCGUCAAGUUAUGGAGUUGAUAUGGGCCACAGUCCCGGAGAGCAAGGGGACCCCGACAUGCUUUCAGAUUCGCAUGGGAGGCGCUAAAGGGAUGCUGGUGUUGGAUGACUGUCUGCUCGGCUCCAAAAUCGAGAUGCGACCGUCAAUGAUCAAGUUCGACAGCCGAGACAUGCAUAGUUUGGAGAUCUGCAAGAUGUCGUCCCAGCCACACAGCCUGGUUCUGAAUCGACAGUUGAUCAAGAUUCUUGAAGAUAUGGGAGCACCAUGGUCAUGGUUUAUGGAUCUACAAGGCGAUGCGUUGCGGCAAAUUCGGUCGGUGACCACCAGUGUCGACAAAACCGCGACCUUCCUGCGUGACAAAGCAACGGCGGACACUAUCAAGCUGUAUCGUCUGUUCCGACAAUGCUACUGGCUGAAUCUGGACUACAGAAAAGAUCCCUUUCUUCGUUCUCUCGUCGAGCAUGUCGUCAUGCGGGAGUUGCGCCUUCUGAAACAUAAGGCACGGAUCCCGGUCUCGAAGGGCAUGACACUGUAUGGGGUGAUGGAUGAAACAGGGUAUCUGAAAGAGGGCGAAGUCUACGUGACCUACGAUACCAUGGAAGGUCAAUAUGCUUGGCCGCCUCCAGCCGGAAAACUUUUGGUGACGCGGUCGCCGGCACUCCACGAUGGCGAUGUCCAGUUUGCCAUCAAUACGAUUCCACCAGAUGGUCAUCCACUGCGGUCGCUGAAAAACUGCAUCGUCUUCAGCCAAAAGGGAGAGAGAGACCUGCCUAGUCAACUGAGUGGGGGUGAUUUGGACGGUGAUCUCUACCACGUCAUCUGGGAUAAUGCCCUCAUCCCCACACUUCGGGCCUUCGCACCGGCCGACUAUCCGCGAGUGCAACCGGUCGAUAUCAAGCGAACUGUGACGGUAGAUGACAUGGCGAAUUUCUUUGUGGACUUCAUGAAGACCGAUCAUCUUGGAAUCAUCGCCACGAAACACAUGAUUUUAGCCGAUCAGCAGAAACUCGGGACACGCGACUUUCUCUGUCGCAAGCUGGCAGAGUUGCACUCGACUGCCGUGGACUUCUCGAAGACUGGAAUCCCCGUGAACAUGCGAGAAAUUCCUCGGAUGAACAAUUUCCGUCCAGAUUUUUUAGCACCGGGUCCUCGAGUCAGCCUGCAAGGCAAAACGCGAAUGAAUUUCGAAGAGCUCGUCUCACAUCCGGCAUAUAAUGACGAAGACGAUCUGGAUGAGCGUCGUCUGUAUUACCGAUCCGAAAAGAUCCUCGGCAAGCUUUAUCGCGCGGUCGACGAAAAGGAUAUCUGGUACGGGGACAUUCGCUCGGAAUGUAAACUCGACGAGGGUCCAUUCUGGAACGAUUUCAUUAGAGACUGCACAGUCCGAUGUAAUACCGUGGGACGAGGAAGUUGCAGGCGGCUUUCAGGCGAAGCUAGUCGUAUCCGAGCAGCGUACGAAGAUGCGAUUAUCGGCGCGAUGAACAACUACUCCGAUCACCCGACCAAGCCCAUAACCGAGCUGGAAGUCGUGACAGGCUGCCUGAUGAGUGAAACAGGCAUGGUGAGCCGCCGGCAGAGAGACCGGUCGAUCAAACUGAAGGACGAAUAUUCGCGCAUAUGUGAAUGGAUCACCAACCAGAUGCGGCGACAAGGUCCGGGCUAUGAAUAUGGGACGCAGAACACCUCUGACGGGCUCGAGCUCUGCCUAGCGUGUGUUCACGAGGGAAUGGAGCUGGGGACAGCGCGUCGCAGCUAUUUUUACCGAGAUUUGAACAGCUUUAAAGUGGUGGCAGUGUGCGCUCUACUAGCUGAGAUGGACGUGGCGGGACUAUUCCCUAGAACGAAGUGAUUUUGGUAGUUAGACAAUU